AUGUCCGACGCUGCACGCAUGCGUAAACCAAUUAAAGAUCAAACCCCAUCAUUUGGCCGUGCUGGUGUUGAAUCCAAGAAGCCAGCCCCAUCAGCUUCUACUGGUUCUGCUUCCAAACCAAUCUCUGAUUCAGAAAAGAUGAGAAAACCAAUCAAGGAUCAGACACCAUCCUUCGGCAAGGCCGGUGUUGAGUCCCACAAGCCAGCCCCAUCAGCUUCUACUGGUUCUGCUUCCAAGCCAGUCUCUGAUUCAGAAAAGAUGAGAAAGCCAAUUAAGGAUCAGACACCAUCCUUCGGCAAGGCCGGUGUUGAGUCACAUAGAGCUGCUCCAGCUGCUUCUACAAAAACAGCUUCCAAGCCAAAGUCCGACUCUGAAAAGAUGAGACAGCCAAUCGCUAACAAUUGCCCAUCCUUUGGUAAGGCCGGCAUCAAAUAA